AUGUUCACAAUCUAUCUUAUUUUGUUCAUUAUCUAUCUAUCUAUCUAUCUAUCUAUCUAUGUGUUUUGGACCAAAGUUUUUAUAUUAUGUCAACUUAAUAUCUAUAUGUGUGUCUAUUUCUCUCUCUCUCUCUCUCUUUCUUUCUUUCUCUCUCUGUAUAUAUCUGUCUGCCUAUUUCUCCCUCCUUCUUCCCUAUCCCUCCUCUCUAUCUUCCUCACUCACUCACACAAUCUAUCUAUCUAUCUAUCUAUCUAUCUCCCCUCACUCACUCACACCAUCUAUCUAUCUAUCCCCCCCUCACUCACUAACCACCCAAUCCAUCUAUCUAUCUAUCUAUCACUCAAUCUAUCUAUCUAUCUAUCUAUCUAUCUAUCUAUCUAUCUAUCUAUCUAUCUAUCUAUCUAUCCCCUAUCUCCCUCACUCUCACAUCUAUCUAUCUCCCCCCCUCACUCACCAUCUCAAUCUAUCUAUCUAUCUAUCUAUCUAUCUAUCUAUCUAUCUAUCUAUCUAUCUCCCCCUCACUCACUCACACUAUCUAUCUAUCUAUCUCCCCCUCACUCACUCACUAACUCAAUCUAUCUAUCUAUAUCUAUCUAUCUAUCUAUCUAUCUAUCUAUCUAUCUAUCUCCCCCUCACUCACUCACACUAUCUAUCUAUCUAUCUAUCUAUCUAUCUAUCUAUCUAUCUAUCUAUCUAUCUCACCACACCAUCUAUCUAUCUAUCUAUCUAUUUAUCCCCCUCACUCACUCACUCACUAACUAUCUAUCUAUCUAUCUAUCUAUCUAUCUAUCAUCUAUCUAUCUCAUCUAUCUAUCUAUCUCACUCAUCUAUCUAUCUCCCUCACUCACUAACUCUAUCUAUCUAUCUAUCUAUCUAUCUAUCUAUCUAUCUAUCUAUCUAUCUAUCUAUCUAUCUAUCUAUCUGGGCGCGUGGCCGAGUGUUAUCUUGAAAUGGGCAUAUUUGACAACGAAUUGUCUGUCAUCUAUCUAUCUAUUGAUCCGUGUUUUUCUAUCUAUCUAUCUAUCUAUCUAUCUAUUGAUCUGUUUUUCUAUCUAUCUAUUGAUCCGUGUUUCUAUCUAUCUAUAA